AUGCUUGAUUUUAAAGGCAAGCUCAAAGACCAGAGUCUCUACGAGCGAAUCCUUCAAACGACUAGCAUAGAGCAAGUCUACCAAGAUAUCAAAAAGCUUCAGGACUCACAGGCGAAAUCUGGUCGCCUUCGUCACCUGUCAAAGAUCGAGCCGCUUCUGGCUCGACUUCGCGAAUACAGCGACGUUGUCGAAACGUUCGUGCAGGCUAAGCCUGAUAUCUUAGCACUCAUCUGGGGUCCAAUCAAGCUUCUACUACUAUGGGCCGACGUAUUGAAGAAGUCGUUUGAUGCCCUUGUCAAUACACUAGAGGAGAUCGGAAACAGUCUCCCCGACUUUUGCGAGCUGGCUAUCAUAUUCUCAGAUAACAAGCGGCUAGAGGAACUGAUGGUGCUGUUUUUUCGCGACAUACUUGAGUUCUACCUCAUCACUACCAAAUUCUUUAGUAUGAGCAGCCUCCGGUAUGUCUUUGAGAUGUUCUGGCCUAGCCGCAAAGACCAGAUUCAGGUUGUGGUGAAGCACAUAGUCAGCCAUCGCGACCUCAUCAGUAAGGAAGUUCGCAUGGAAGAGAUCAGGAAAGCAAAUGAGUUGCGAGACCGUGAGCUACAACACAUCGUGCAGACAGAGGAGAACAAUAUCGCUCAGGAAUUCGCAAGUCAUCGGACACAUAUCUCACCUAAGAGCUAUGAUGCCGACCUCUAUCGGUUUAGCGAGGCGCUUUGUGACGGCACUGAAAAAUGGCUGUUUAAGGAUGCCUCAUUCCAGAGGUGGCUUACUGUUAAAAAGAAAUCAAAUCCUAUUCUAUGGCUGCGAGGUAUUCCAGGAGCCGGCAAGACAAUGCUGGCAAGUAGCGUGAUUAAGCAUACUCAGCAAUUGCCUGAUACUCAUACUAUAUUCGCAUUUCUCACAUACCGCGAUAGUAGCAUUUCCGCACUCUCUAUUCUCCAUUCACUCAUAUUCCAACUAACCUCUACCUCUCUCUCCCUGAAAACAAUGAUGUGUCAGUCGGAUUUGCAACAUCUGGGAAGUGAUUUUAACGUCGCUUCAGCUCUGUUUGAAACGCUGAUUCAGAGCGUAGGUACUCUAUAUCUCAUCAUAGACGGCCUGGACGAGAUUGAAAGUAAACAACACACAAGACUGAUAAAGGAACUCAUGAGACUGAGUGGUGGUUAUGAAGAGUGCCACAUCUUGCUCGCGAGCCGUGAUGAAAGCCACAUUCUUGGUAAUUUGGAAGGCAACAGUAUAGAUAUAGAAGUCAACAAGAGAAAUUCUGGCAGUAUCCAAGUCUUCGUCAACCAAACUAUGGGCAAAUGGUUCAAAGAGAGGGACUUCGUUUCAGACGUUCGAGAACAGCUUCAAGGAUGGGCUGCACCACUGGCAUACCGAGCACAAGGAAUGUUCCUCUAUGUCAAGAUUAUCUUCCAGAUGAUUUAUUACAUCAACGACAUCGGAGAGAUAAAAGCCCAACUCGAACAUCUCCCAUCGUCUUACAAUGAUGCUUAUGGUAGAAUUCUUGGGCAAAUUAAUGACUCUCCAGACCCCCGAAGACGGAAGCUUGCUCACUCGAUACUUGGCUGGGUGAGAUGUGCCUCAUCACCAAUGACACUGAAGGAAAUUGAGCAAGCUUUGCUUGUUGACCCUGAUUGUCCUUGUAAGCUACCGAGAGUCCAAGCGAGGGUCGAUGUCCUACGCAUCUGCGGCCCUAUUAUAGAUGUAGUAGACGGCUAUGUUCAAUUCGUUCAUUUUACGGUUCAAGAAUACAUCUUCGACCCUAAAAUUCAGAACUCUAUUACUCUAUAUGAGAUGGCACUUGAUUUGGCUAUUCGCUGCCUGGUGUAUAUGUGCCAGAACCAUCAUGACCCAGAGCUCAGCGAAGAUGAAAUUGAUGCCAACAUUAUGUGGGGAGCAUAUCGCUUGCAUCAAUUCUCAUCGAGCUUCUGGCUUGACUUAAUCCACGAGUAUUUAAGGUUAUCUGGCUCGAAAACCAUACCUGAUGCUCUUAUCCAUCAGCUGAGAAUACUGCUCGAGACACGGUCGUCAGAGACUUACAGGCAGAGUGACCAAAGCAAAGGUUCCCUUCACCCAGCCAUCCUUGGCCUGGAGGAUCAGGAAUCUGCUCUGGUAGAGAUGCUGAAGGGUUCUGUUGACUUUCAGACAUCAACGGCGAAGUCGAACUUUCGCAUCAACAAUCCGGAGCAGUGGUUACAUAGCAGCCCGCUCUCCAUUCCCCAAAUUUCAAUUUCUCUCCAUGAGCGGCUGGAUAGCUUUGAUGAAAAGGAAACUUCCAUUUUGGAACCACUCUCUUACCAUUAUGGACCCAGGUACUUCAGAUGCGGGUUCUUCAGCUGUCAUUAUCGUCGUUACGGCUUUGAAACGAAGACAAGACGCCACGCUCACGAAAAGAAUCAUCAAAAGCCAUGGAACUGUAACUUUCCCGGUUGUCGCUUCGCUACCCAAGGCUUCAUCUCACGAAAGAUGAGAGAUGAGCAUUUGAAAGAUGGCCACUCACAAGCUGCAGAUCCUGGUUUAUCAAAUACCACCCUCCUUCAAGAGAUUGAAGACGAAGAAAUCCAACCUCUUAUCUUUGAUUUAAUUGAAACCAACAAGGUGGAGAUUAUAACGCCACUGAUGCCUCGCCUACGUAAUUUAGAACGUUUGGUACAGACCGAGAUAGCAGUCCACGCUGCCAAAAUGGGUUCUCACUCAAUACUACAACUGCUCAUUGACUCCGGGCUACUGACAGGAGCAUUUAUCACAGAAAAAGGUCUGGAUUGGGAAAGGUUCAGAAAUUUGGCAGGGCAGACAAUAGAAAGCGAGAGUGUCGGCUUGUCCAGAAUUCUUCUAUCCUGGAUUGCGACGCUAGACAUGCGACAAGGGAUUGCCACUGACAUUCAGCUAGCAGUGAGGGAAGUAAUUUUAACCAUAAUGGAAUUGGAGUCUGAGGAUCUGUUUGAACUAUGGAGGCCAAUGCUGGUCUCAGGCUUCAAUGAGGCGGGCACCAACGUGAAAGCUGCACGGGUAUUCACGUAUAUGGUUACUAUAGGCACCACUGACAACAGCCCACACCGCGAACGCAUGCUGCUGGGGCUUUGGGAAGAAUGCAAGGUCUUCGACACACUAAAAGCGCACGAACGUAACACUAUUCUUCGAACUAUUGCCGAUACUACCUGUUCCGUCAAUCUGGCGCGUUAUGCAAUUCAACACGGCUGCGAAAUUAACUCUACGGCAGUCUUGAACUCUCCAACAGCCUUGCAAUUUGCAGCAAGAAAGACUCUAAAACAAGCGGCAUAUCUCAUGAAGUUCCUACUUCUUCAAGGAGCAGACCCUAACAUGCGAACGAAAAGAAGUACGAUUAGGGACGAAAAGGGGGCACAAGGAAUCUCAAAGUGGCUUGGGAUGACUUGGGAAGAGUUAGUUGAACAAAUUACCGAGGAACGUCAAAGGGGCGAGGAAACAGAAAAAGAAGUUUCCCACAGUGAUUGA